CCCAAAUUCCUUGCCCUACUUUCACAUUCAAGCUCAAGCUCAAGCUCAUGGAGAAGAAGCAAACCCCUUCACUCAAAAACAAGAUAUUCGGCAAUACAGCCCUUCAAUUAAACGAUGUAGAAUCCUCCUGCAUGGUCGGCGGCAUCGUCGAGAAAGGCUUCUCCGAUAAGCCCAUAUCGGGCCCCGUCGCUCCGCCCCGGCCCAGCGUUCUCCACUUCCCUGUCGCUCGCCACCGCUCCGAGGGCCCGCAUUGGAGUCCGGUAAAUAGUAAGGUGAGUGUUCAGGAGGGUGAGGGUGAGGGUGAUAGUGAGGAUGAUGAAGCUGUGAUGGACUUUGAUGCUGUGAAGAGUUACGCAAAGCCGAUAAUGAGGAAGAAGAAAGUAGACAUGAACUUUAGCAAUAGUGUUGAGAUGGAGGUUGAUGAGAGUAGGAUUAGUACAGUUAGCGAAACUGCGGAAGCUAGUGUUAGGAAGAACAGCUCGAAUGAACGGAGUUGCCGGUUGAAGCCUGGGUUAGCUGACUUGAAGAGUGAACUGGAGUCAGUGUUGGACAGCAAUGCGAUGGAAAUUGAUGCCACCAGGGAGUCUAAAACUGUUGAUGUUCGAUUAGAAGAGGUGGCGGUUUCGCUUGAGAGUGAGAUUGAUACAGAGAAUCGCGCUCGGUUGCAACGAAUGUCGACCGAGGAGAUUACGGAGGCGCAGGAUGAGAUAAUGGGAAGAUUGGACCCUGCAUUACUCCGAGUACUUAAAAGGAGGGGUGAGGAGAAAAUGAAGAAGCAAAAGACUCCUGGUUCAGAUAACAAGGACCAGAAGUCUUCCCCUAGUUUGAACACUGCUAUGCCUCGUGUGGUCACUACGAGUACCUCAAACCAUACAAGGAGUGAUGGUUUGGUGCCGAUAUCAGGACAAGCCAAGGGCAAGUUGUGGAAUGCUUGGCGUGAGAGAGUCGAGGCUGUCAGGGGGUUGAGAUUUUCACCAGAUGGGACUGUUGUUGGAAAUUCUUUGCAGCAGAUGCCCCAAGUUAACCUUGCAGAGCGUGACUACCUGCGUUCUGAGGGAGAUCCUGGUGCUGCUGGUUAUACUAUUAAAGAAGCAGUGUCACUCACUAGGAGUUUGAUUGCAGGACAACGGGACCUAGCAUUGGCUCUUCUUUCGAAUGUGCUCAAUAAGGCGGUACAAAAUAUUCACCAAAACCAUGUUCAUAUAACCAGACAAGACGCUAAUAAAGUUGACAGAACUGUCGACUGGGAGGCUGUCUGGGCUUAUGCACUCGGUCCAGAACCUGAACUUGUUUUGACUCUUAGGAUGUGCCUCGAUGAUAACCAUAGUUCUGUGGUCCGGCAGUGUGCCAAAGUUAUUUACCACGUAUUAAGCUGUGAUGUGAAUGAGAACUUCUUUGAUGUCUCGGAGAAAUUAGCAAAUCUUCAUGAGGAUACUUUUACUGCCCCUGUAUUCCGGAGCAAACCAGAGAUUGAUGUUGGUUUCCUUCAUGGUGGGUUCUGGAAGUACAAUGCUAAGCCUUCUAAUGUUCUAGCUCUUGAUGAGGAUAUUAUUGAUGAUGAGAUUGAAAGGAAGCAUACAAUUCAGGACGACAUUUUUGUUGCUGGACAAGAUUUUGCUGCAGGUUUGGUACGGAUGGGAAUCCUUCCAGCACUUUGCUAUCUUUUGGAGUCAGAGCCUACAGCAGCCCUGGAAGAAUAUAUACUUUCUAUACUUAUUGCCAUAGCAAGGCAUUCCCCACAAUGUGCGAAUGCCAUCGUGAUUUGUGAAAGGCUUCUCCAAACAGUGGUCAGCAGAUUCAUUGCAAAAGACAACAUAGAAAUUCAGCCUUCUAAAAUUAAGUCUGUUAGACUUCUGAAGGUGCUGGCACAAUCUGAUCAGGAGAGGUGUUUUGCAUUUAUAAAGAAUGGGAGCUUUCAAACUUUGACAUGGCAUUUGUAUCAACCUACAUCCUUCCUUGACAAUUGGGUAAAAUCUGGAAAGGAGAAGUGUAGGCUUUCAUCAGCUCUGAUGGUUGAACAACUGCGGUUUUGGAAGGUCUGCAUUCAGCAUGGAUAUUGUCUAUCAUACUUCUCAGAAAUAUUUCCUUGCUUGUGCCUGUGGCUGAAUCCACCUAUGCUUGUAAAACUCUCAGAGAAUGGUGUUGUUUGCGAGUUUGCUUCCAUCUCUAAAGAGGCCUACCUUGUAUUGGAGGCUUUGGCUAGAAGACUUCCAAAUUUGUUCGCGCAGAGGCAUCACAGGAAUCAUAAGUCAGAGGAUUCUGGUUGUGACACUGAUUUCUGGUCUUGGAGCCAUGUUGGUCCAAUGGUUGAUAUAGCUCUAAAGUGGAUAGUAUGGAAGAAUAAUCCCAGUGUAGGCAGUUUGUUUGUCAGCGAUCAAGGAAAGUCUGGUCAUCUUGUUAGCCAAGAUCUAUCAUUGACUUCCUUGUUGUGGGUCUAUUCAGCUGUUAUGCAUAUGCUUUCAAGAGUGCUUUCAAGAGUUAUCCCAGAUGAUACUCUUCACAUGCAAGAAAGUAAUAGUCUUCUGCCAUGGCUUCCAGAGUUCGUUCCUAAAGUUGGCCUUGAAAUUAUUAAGAAUGGGUUUGUUGGAACAAAUUCUAAUGCAUCUUGCUCCUUCAUUGAAAAGUUGUGUAACUUGAGACAGCAAGGUGAUUAUGGAAUGUCAUUGGCUACUGUAUGUUGCCUACAUGGGUUACUGGGGAUUAUUAUUAACAUCGAUAAGUUGAUAACGUUAGCAAAGGCAAGUGCACAAACGCUUCCCCAAAAUAUUAAUUCAUCAAGAGAAGAGAAUAUUCUGAAGGAUGGUAUACUUAAGGGGUCGUUGGUUGAAUUAAAAAGUGUGAAGAAUAUUUUUAUGAAGUUAGUUGCUUCGGAGUGGCACCUUGUGCAAUCCAUAGAAAAAUUUGGUAGGGGAGGUCCUGCUCCUGGGGUGGGAGUUGGCUGGGGUGCCUCUGGUGGAGGAUAUUGGUCUGGUACUGUUUUGUUGGCCCAGGCAGAUGCGAGGUUUCUCACUGACCUGCUUGAAACUUUGAAAAUUGUCGCUGAUUUUGAUAUCCACUCAGAAGAAGAAAUGAUUGUCAUACUGGCAAUUAAUUCAUCUUUAGGAGUCUGUGUAACUGCUGGGCCAACGGAUGGUACUUAUGUGGAAAAGGCAAUAAAUAAUUUGCUUGAUGUCUCUGUUUUGAAGUAUCUCGAUAUCUGUAUUCGUCGUUUUCUCUCGAGUGGAGGAGCUAAGCUGUUCAAAUGGGAUGAUGAAGAGGAUUACCUGCUCUUGAGUAGAACAUUAGCAUCUCAUUUCAGUAACAGAUGGUUAUCUGUAAAGAAAAAGCUCAAAGGUAGUGACAGCAAGAAUAAAUCUGAACCACUUCAGAAGGAUAUAAGUUCCCUCGACACCAUAUAUGAGGACAUUGACACAUCAUGUAUAAUUAGUCAAGAUUUGGUAGCGGAGUGGGCUCACCAGAGACUUCCACUACCCAUUAGCUGGUUUCUCAGUCCAGUCUCAACCCUUUGUGAUAGCAAGAUCGCUGGUCUUAAAAAAUCUUCCAAGUUACAAGAUCUCAUGCAGGACCCAAGUGAUUUUCUUGUAGUUGCUAGAGCUGGACUUUUCUUCCUUUUGGGUAUUGAAGCAAUGUCCAGUUUCCUACCUGCCGGUAUCCACUCCCCCGUUAAGAGUGUACCAUUAGUUUGGAAAUUGCAUUCUCUGUCUGUACUCUUACUUGUUGGGAUGGGUGUGCUUGAGGAGGAGAAGAGCCGGGUUACGUAUGAAGCUUUGCAGGAUCUCUAUGGGAAUCUUCUUCAUCAAACAAGAUCAUGUACCUUAUAUACAGACUCAGUAAAUGCAAAUAACUUGGACUUUUUGGCAUUUGAAUCAGAGAUUCAUGGGACGUACUCUACAUUUAUUGAGACUCUUGUGGAACAGUUUUCUGCUGUAUCCUAUGGUGAUCUGAUUUAUGGCCGCCAAGUUGCAGUAUAUCUUCACCGUUGUGUUGAAGCUCCCGUUCGACUUGCUGCCUGGAAUACACUAACUAAUUUUCGUGUUCUUGAACUUCUGCCACGUUUAGAGAAUUGCUUUACUAAUGCAGAGGGGUACCUUGAACCUGUUGAGGAUAAUUCUGAUAUUCUGUUGGCGUACGUGAAAUCGUGGACUUCCGGUGCCCUCGGCAGGGCUGCAAGUCGAGGAUCACUUGCAUAUACACUUGUUCUACAUCACCUUUCUGGUUUCAUAUUUGAGUCAUACACGGGUGAUAAACUAUUGCUUCGGAAUAAGCUCUCGAGGUCCCUCUUGCAAGAUUACUCCUCAAAGCAACAACAUGAGGCUAUGAUGUUGAAUCUUAUCCAAUAUAACAAGCCAUCUGCAUCACAAACAUUCAAGCAAGAAGAUGGAGCACCGGCAGGGGCUGCCAUUGCGAAGAGGCUUGAAUUAUUAAAUGAAGCUUGUGAAGGAAGCUCUUCACUCUUAAAUGCCGUCAAGAGGCUAAAGUCUUCCCUAAAGGUUAGUCAGUUAUGAGCAUGGGCCUGCACAUACGCAGUCACAGGGAGUGACAGACUUGGUUUGCAACGUUUUUCAUAGAUGAACAAUAUUUCUAACUUCAGAACCAACGUUUGUAACUUCUGUACCCAAGGAAAGAUCAGCAGAAUGCAAUUGGAGACUUUACGCAGAUCAAACAGUUGCCUAUAGCUCAUAAAACUUUAAGCCAACAGUAUCCCACCCUGCUAUAUACAUUUACAACUGAUGUUGAACUGACAUAUAAUAAUGCGUCAAAGGUUUGUGUAGGGAGUAGCAUUAGUGCUAGAAUAUGAUUCUUGUUCACACAGUUUUUGUUUUCGAUCGAUAAUGUGCGUCUAUACAACCAUAUAUUGCAACUGAAUGAUACAGGCCGCUAUCCCACAUUGAUAUUAGGCAAAGGCUGCAUUGUCCAGCAAAAAUAAAAAAGGGAAGCAGACUACCGU